CUGCUGCGGGCAUUUGGCCACACACCACCCAGCUGCUGAAGCCAGCGCCCGGCCCCACAGGCGGCUUUGGAAGGACCAUCUCCGUGCUCGCCCCUUCCUCGGGCUGCUUGUGUUUCGGGGCCCCCAGGGCGCGGCGCCCACCAUGUUCAGCUGCCCGCCACUGGUGCUGCUCUGCCUGCUGCCCUGGCUCCUGCGGGCGGCGGUCCCCGGCCACCGGGCAAAGCCCCUCGCCCAGUCCGCAGAGCUGCUAGGCGAUUCCCGCGACCCCGCCAGGGGCGCCGAUUUCGAUCGCGUCUACAGCGGAGUGGUGAGCCUCAGCACCGAGAACAUCUACUCCUUCAACCACACCAGCCACCCUGGCCAGGUGACGGCUGUGCGGGUCCAUGUGAACAGCUCCUCUGAGAACGUGGACUACCCAGUCCUCGUUGUGGUCCGGCAGCAGAAAGAAGUGCUGUCCUGGCAGGUUCCACUGCUCUUCCAAGGACUAUACCAGCGGAGCUACAACUACCAGGAAGUCAGCCGCACUCUUUGUCCAUCAAAAGCAACCAACGAGACCGGCCCUCUGCAGCAACUGAUCUUUGUAGACGUAGCAUCCAUGGCUCCCCACGGUGCCCACUACAAGUUGCUGGUCACCAAAAUCAAACACUUCCAGCUCCAGACAAAUGUUGCCUUCCACUUCUCUGCCAGCCCCUCUCAGCCUCAGUAUUUUCUAUACAAAUUUCCUGAAGAUGUGGAUUCUGUUAUCAUUAAAGUGGUGUCUGAGAAGGCUUACCCAUGUUCAGUUGUCUCUGUUCAGAACAUCAUGUGUCCAGUGUAUGAUCUGGACCACAACGUGGAGUUCAAUGGUGUGUAUCAGUCCAUGACCAAGAAAGCUGCCAUCACGCUACAGAAGAAGGAUUUUCCAGAUGAGCAGUUCUUCGUGGUGUUUGUGAUAAAACCUGAAGACUACGCUUGCGGGGGAUCAUUCUUCAUCCAGGAAAAUGAAAACCAGACCUGGAAUCUACAACGAUCAAAGAACCUGAAAGUGACCAUUGUCCCAUCCAUCAAAGAAUCUGUGUAUGUGAAGUCCAGUCUUUUCAGUGUAUCCAUCUUCUUGUCCUUCUACCUGGGAUGCCUGCUCAUCAUGCUCAUCCAUUAUGUGAGGUUCCAGAGGAAAUCCAUUGAUGGAAGCUUUGGUUCCAGUGAUGGCUCUGGAAAUAUGGCCGUGUCACAUCCCAUUGCUGCCAGUACACCUGAAGGAAGCAGCUACGGUGCAAUAGAUGAGUCGAGUUCCAGUCCUGGAAGACAGAUGUCUUCCUCUGAUGGUGGGCAGCCAUGCCACUCAGACACAGACAGCUCUGUGGAGGAGAGUGACUUUGACACCAUGCCAGAUAUUGAAAGUGACAAAAAUGUGAUCCGGACCAAGAUGUUCCUGUACCUGUCAGAUCUGUCGAGGAAGGACCGGAGAAUUGUCAGCAAAAAGUAUAAGAUAUAUUUUUGGAACAUCAUCACCAUCGCUGUGUUUUAUGCACUGCCUGUGAUGCAGCUCGUUGUCACCUACCAGACUGUGGUAAAUGUCACUGGCAACCAGGACAUCUGUUACUACAACUUUCUCUGUGCUCACCCCUUGGGUGUCCUGAGUGCCUUCAAUAAUAUUCUCAGUAACUUGGGCCAUGUGCUCCUGGGCUUCCUCUUUCUGCUGAUAGUGUUGCGCCGGGACCUUCUCCAUCGAAGAGCCCUGGAAGCUAAAGACAUCUUUGCUAUGGAGUAUGGGAUUCCCAAACACUUUGGUCUCUUCUAUGCUAUGGGCAUUGCACUGAUGACAGAAGGCGUGCUCAGUGCUUGUUACCAUGUCUGCCCUAAUUACUCCAACUUCCAGUUCGACACUUCCUUCAUGUACAUGAUUGCGGGCCUCUGCAUGCUGAAGCUCUAUCAGACCCGCCACCCAGACAUCAAUGCCAGCGCCUACUCUGCCUAUGCCUCCUUCGCUGUAGUCAUCACACUUACCGUCCUUGGAGUGGUGUUUGGGAAAAAUGAUGUGUGGUUUUGGGUCAUCUUCUCCGCAAUCCACAUUCUUGCUUCUCUGGCCCUCAGCACCCAGAUCUACUACAUGGGCCGCUUCAAGAUAGAUGUGUCUGACACAGAUCUGGGCAUCUUCCGAAGGGCUGCUAUGGUGUUCUACACAGACUGUAUCCAGCAGUGCAGCAGACCUCUGUAUAUGGACAGGAUGGUGUUGCUCAUUGUGGGGAAUCUGGUUAACUGGUCCUUUGCCUUCUUUGGACUGAUCUACCGGCCCAGGGACUUUGCCUCCUACAUGCUGGGCAUCUUCAUCUGCAACCUGCUGCUGUACCUGGCUUUCUACAUCAUCAUGAAGCUUCGCAGCUCUGAGAAGGUCCUCCUGCUGCCACUCUUCUGCAUCGUGGCCACUGCCGUGGUGUGGGCUGCGGCCCUGUACUUUUUCUUUCAGAACCUCAGCAGCUGGGAGGGAACCCCCGCGGAAUCCCGGGAGAAGAACCGAGAGUGUAUCCUGCUGGACUUCUUUGAUGACCACGACAUCUGGCACUUCCUCUCUGCCACUGCCCUGUUUUUCUCGUUCCUGGUGUUGCUGACUCUGGAUGAUGACCUGGAUGUGGUUCGCAGAGACCAGAUCCCUGUCUUCUGAGCCUCGUGCAUCACAGGACG